CAGAAAUUAUUGGUAUGAAAAAUAAAAAGUUUAUCGACAAUUUCCUGGCUUGUUUGUGUCAGCAGGCGAGAGAGCGCAGAAGGUAAGGAGGAAUUGUAAAAGGCUUGACACCCAGAGCGACCGGCGCGCUUUUGUGCAGAGAGAGAAAAAUGAUUUAUUGCCAGUGAGGCGGUUCAAACAGAGUUCACGGAGAAUUGUGGUGGAGGCGCGGAGGAGCUAAAUUAUGGUCUUGCUGAGCCAGUAUAUCAUAGAUCCUAUCUCCAAUUCAGAGAGUGUGUUCAAGGGUGUGAGCUAAGGAAAACAAAACGAAUUUAAUUACUUUUCCCUCCGUUUCCACUGCGUCCUGAUGCUGGCUGCCCUGUUCAUCUGUUUAUAACAAUAAUAAUAAUAACAACAACAACAUGAGUGGAGGGAUGGAUGGAUGGAUGGAUGGAUGGAUGGAUGGAUGCAGGUCAUUAUCCUCCCAUUCCCAUUCGUUUCCCUCUGUCCGCGGCCCAGUCUGUGUCUCCAAAUCGACUGCAGUCAUCCUAAUGGCCAGGCUGGACCUGGACCUCCGUCAUUAGCUCCCUGAUUAAAAUUAAAUGAUCAUCAAGGAUUACAAUAAAAUCAAUUAGCAUCCGAAAAGUCAUCGUGUAAUUGAAACUGCAUCUGGCGCAUUGAUAUGUAUGAGCUGAGCUCCACAGUGCAGUGAUAUUAAUACAGGCUUGAACUGUUGGAGGAGGUGAAAUGUGUGUGUGUGGAAGUUCAGGUGGAGGCUCAGGGGGUCGUGGAGCAGCAGCAGCAGCAGCAGCAGCAGCAGUAGGGGUGAGACAGAGAGAGAAAAGGGGGGAAGGCUCCUCUCCUGCCCAGCUUCGCGCAACCCUGAGUGCAUAAUCCAUCACCUCUGAGAGACAUUUAAAGAGGGUUUUCUCGACAGCUUUGUUGUAGCGAAACACGAGAAAGAACUUAAAUCCGAGGCUCGUGGUCCAGCUGAUGGAUCCACGUCACACUGGAGUUUGCAUUAGUUAAGACACCGUGGGUAGUGUUUGACUUAUUUGAUUUAAAAACCCGGAGAGAAUUUCUUUUUCUUUUUUUUUUUUUACCCAUGAUGCCACGUCAGUGAUUUUUAAUGAGAUUGAACCAACUGUGUUUAUUAAAACUUCCCCUCAGCUGCAGGCCACGGCGGAGCCACUUUAUGAACACUAACACUAACACGUGAUAACGUGAUUCGAACAAACAGCGAAGCAAAAUUAAGAUUAAUAUUAAUAUUAAUAAUAAACAUCUUCAUUCACAGCCAGCCCUAAUAUGACCCUCGCGGGCUCCUGUAGUCUUCCUUCCACCUCCUCUUUGUCCAUGUCUACCGUCAGACAUGUCCAUCCACUGUUUUGACUGUUGCCUCCACACACACACACACACACACACACACAAGGGUGAGGACACUCGAUACUGUACACUGAUGCCUGAUUAAUGCAAAUUCGUUGAAUCGUCCCCACAGAAAGGAAAAUCUCUAAUGAUUGCCUCCUUUGUCUUUGUGUGGCAUUGACUGUCAAAGCCUUUGUCUGACCACUCCCAGCGCAUCCUAUUAGAGCCGCACCUCCGCCGCCGACAGUUAAAGGCAUAUGUUGUUAUUUAAAGGGGAAAAAAAGCCCGCCGGAUUUUUUAACGACCUGUUAAGUGAUUUGCAACCGGUUAUUAAAGUUAAAAUAAUAUAAUAAAAUACACGUGAAACUCGCCUGUGUCUGUGUCGUCUGUACUGUGUGUGUGAUCAGACCAGGCAUCACAUCAGCGCGGGUGGAAAAAAUAAAUAAAUAUUGUUUUAGUUAAGGUGUUAGAAUGUGGUGUAGUUCACGUUUAUUUAUAUGUUGUUUCACAUCUGGAAGGUUUUAAGGACAAAUAAUGAGGUGACGUCGAGAGGCUGUGACUACCGCUGUCUGAUCCCAGCUCAGACACACGGCAGACUGCACACACACGUCCUCGCGUUUCCGUUUUUUUUUUCUUUUUUUUUUUCUCCUUUUUUAUUUUUGGGUUGAAACCUAUUUCUGGAAAGGAGUGGAUUCGCAGCAUUCAAACCCAAAUAGUUAAUCCGUGUAAUAGAUUUGAAAAGAUUUACAAUAAAAAUAAAAAAAAAUCAACGUCUUCAUCGAGACGUCCCUCACCUCACACGUAAUCUCUCCCCCACCCUGUGCACCUCCCCUCCACCUCUCCUUUCUCCGCUCUCCCUUCCUGUAAUAAUAUGUUCAUCUAUUCAAAUCUUUUAUGUCGUUUUUUUUACUCCGCAGAUGCAGAACAAACAGAAACACGGGCUGAUUUUUUUUUAACCAUGUCUGAAGAAACAUCGCUGGAGCUUCUUGCUUCUCGACAACUUGCCGGUGGAUUACUUUGCAACUCCCGCGCUCUGUCAUUGGAGGACGCGCACACGUGACUCCGGCACCCCUCUGUUCCAGGUUGAGCCCGGAUGAACAGUUUCAGAGGCCGCUGGAGCCUGUGGUUCACUGCCAUGCCAAGGGCAAGCUGGACAUCAAGAGCAGGGGCUGCAGUCUACUCACCAUCUGCCACUCUGGAGUAAUUUUUCCCUGGAUGAAUUCACGGACAACUGACUCGGAGCAAUCUGUGAGCGCUGGUGGUGAUGGAGGCGCGGGCAGAGGAAGGCCAAGUGUGCGCAGAGAGAGGACGGCCUUCACCAGCAGCCAGCUGCUGGAGCUGGAGAAGGAGUUCCACUUCAGCCCUUACCUGCGUCGCCCUCGGCGCCUGGAGAUGGCCGCGGGGCUGCAGCUGACGGACCGCCAGGUCAAGAUCUGGUUCCAGAACCGCAGGAUGAGGUACAAGAAGGAGCAGAAAUAUGGAAAGGUGCCGGACGUGUCCCAGCACUCCCAGUGUAACUCGUCCUCCAGCUGCAGCUCCAGCUCCUGCACCGACCACCUGAGGUUCGCGGGAGGAGGAGGACGUGUUGUCAGAACCUCAUCUUCUUCCAACCUGCACUUCAUGGAUUAUGCUCCUAUGUCCUCCUCCGUCUUUGCCUCACCCAGUGACGACAGCAGUGGUCAGUACACUCAGCCUCCAGACCUCAGCUGUAUGUAUCCAUCAGGUGCUGGUGCUCCACCGCCCUCCUGCAUGGGCCCAGAUAGUCUCCAACAUGCGGGUAUUUCCAACUGGCCCUAGGGCCUGGUGAGGGCUGACCUUCCUGUGCUCAUCAAAAUCUCAAUUAUCCCUUCACUGUGUCUGGGCCUUCAAAGAAUGAAUGGUGUCUAAUUAGAAUCACAGCGCUGAAAUCCCCCCAAACACUCCCUACCAUCACUCACACGUUGAUUAAAUUGGAAGGGACAUGUCUUAAAGGUGCACUGUGUAGGACAUAGUCCCAUCUACUGUUGAAGUUGUACACUGUCGUCACAAAUGUCAUAUUAUUAUUACUGCUUCUGUCCAAACACGCAGCAGAACGUGCAGUAGCCCAUAGUCAUCAUCAAGUUUUUAGUCUGUCUAGUCCAGCUCUAGUCCUGGUAAUGAAAGCAACAAUUCAUACUUUCUGGAUGACUGAUGGCCCGGAGCAUCGAUGUAACAACACUGUAUUCUUUUGCUGUCAAAAUGAAUUUUAAAUAUCCUAAUUCUACCCCACACCCCACACCCCCUCCAAUCAUACACAGUGUGCCUUUAAUUAGAGUAGAGCGGUGAUGUCAGGGGACGUGACUGACAGGUCUUCACUUUUGUACAGUGCAUGCAUAAGCAAUUACCAGUUAACUCUUUGUCUUCCCUGUCUGUUCUUUGCAUGUUCACGGCCGAGGUUUCCGUUUUUCCCUAACAGCUGAAAAAGUCUCAUUUCUGCGAGGUUACACUAGUCUCGACUCUUUUCUAUCUGUGCGUUGUAAAUAUUGGUCAUUUGUGUGAAAUGUUCAUAUUGAAUAAUUUUAUAUUUUUGUUAGAGCCAUUAAAAAUAUAUGGCAAGUUUUUGAUACUGUUCAUGCUUAAUAAACACAUUUGGGGAAACUGUAGCACUGGUGCAAUGUUUUUACAGUAAUCUUCACAGUAUUUUGAUGACUUAGAAACUGUAAAAGAUUAGUGUACCCCCCACCCCCCGCCCCCCAGAAGAAAUGGAGAGAGAUUGUGCAAUUAAAUUUAAGGACGGCUUCAGAUUCAUUGAAAUCUGUAUAUUGUUCAUUCAGGUUGCACAGUGUUGCCACAUAAGCCGCUCCCUCGCUCCUGCCUCCAAGUUCCCCACCAUUAAUCACAGAGACAAGGCAGUCUUUCCAGCACUCCAACC